AUGGGAAACCAAACGGAGGCAGCAGCGGCUCGGACAGUGGCGGUAGGGGUUUGCCUGUUGAAAGGGGAAAAGGUGUUGUUGGGACGACGCCGUUGCUCUCUUGGCUACUCCACCUUUUCCCUACCUGGUGGCCACCUCGAGCUCAGUGAGAGCUUCGAGGAGUGCGCAGCAAGAGAAUUGAAGGAAGAAACUGGUUUAGACAUUGACAAGAAGAGGAUGGAGUUUCUGACAGCCAGAACAAACGAGCUGCUCCUAGAGGGAGGCAAGCCAUGCCAGUACGCGUCCGUUUGCAUGAGAGCGGUGAUGGAACAUGGAGAUGGAGAGCCCCAAAAUGUGGAGCCAGAAGUGUGUGAUGGUUGGGAUUGGUAUGAGUGGGACAACCUUCCCAAACCACUCUUUCGUCCUCUGCACAAUGCGGUGUUGGCAGGAUUUAAUCCUUUUCGUGCAUGAAUAGCAAGAGCAUGAGUUAAUUAAUUCCAUGUGUUGCAUGCAUAGCAUUUUCACAACUUUUCACAAUGAAAAUGCUAUGUCUACAAAAUUUGUUAUUUAUUACCUGAAUGAAGAUGCCAAUGAUUAUCAAAAAAGCAAAAAGAAAAAUCUUUAU